ACUGUGUACUGUCUAUGUAAGUCUUUAGCACACUUGGGCUAGAUGUUGUUGCUUCCAAGUUUUCGUAGCUGGAACGUUUGUUUCAGUUCGCGUUUGGAAGUCACGCGGCUUUGAAGCAGCUUUUUUUCUCUUCAAUCCAAUUCGUCGGGAGUUAAUAAAAUUUAAAUUUUAAUUCGUUCGUUUCUUGAUCGAACGUAAAUCCACAGUUUACCUUAAAAAAAAUAAAAAAAACUGUUAUACAUUAAGGAGCUUUCCAAAACUGUUGCAAUAUAUACAAAAAGGUGCGCUCUUUUGGCUAAAGUGUAUUCGUUGCAUAUAAUCGUAAUCGUGACAUGCAAAUCGUUGGUGUGGCAAAUCGAAAUCUUAUUAGCCAGAGGGAAAUAUACAGACCAUCGUCAUCGUUUACGUUUACGUUUGUCGUCGCCAAUAAUACUGGGAGUGAAAAUUUAUUGAAAUUAACUCGAUUUGAAUUUAUUUUUUUUGAAAACGAAAACUUUUAAACAAGUCUCUUCGGAAAAAAACUUAUUCGAUAGCAGCAGAAAAUGAGGGGGAGGUGAAGGCAACAACAACAACAAAUACUGAAGCAGUAUAUUAAUCAAGAUCGUGCUUAAGUGAUACCGCACUUCUACUAUUUUUCUGCGUGCAAUAAUUUUUUCGGAGUCUUAGAGUAUAAUUUCUGGCUAACAACGAUAACAUAUGGGCUAAUAGAGCAUUGGUCCGGUUGUUGCACUUUUUUUUCGAUCUCUCGUUUUCGUUUAUUUUUUUGCAUACACACAUCUCCAUCAGCAGUUUUAUACUUGGUUCGUGUAAACACCUUCAAAACAAAUAGCGCUGUUGCAACAAAAAAUACAAAAAAAAUAAUAAAUAAACCGUCAAUAAGGCUUAGCUCGUAUCUUAAGUGGAAAAGCUUAGAGAAAAAAACGUAAAAAAGUCGUAUGGGAAUAUAAGUUUUUUUUCUAUUUAUUUUUUUGUUUUUAUAUCUUAACUGCACUCACGUGAAUGUUGCAAUAUUACGAGUCGUAUAGUGCGUAGAGUUUUUGCCGUCAUCAUAUAUUAGAUGUCGUGUGGUCGUGUGUUUUUGUUGUUGUGUUCAUUGAAAUUAAGUGCAUUGAAAUAGAUUUUUUUAAGUUUCACUUUUUAAAUUUAAUUUAUGUAAUUACUCGUUUGAGGAUUUUUAUGUAGUUUGCGCGAUUUUGUAAUUAAAGUUUGUAGUUUUUUUUUUUUAUUUCUAAACGGUUGACGUGAUUCAUACUUUCCUGAGAGUGUUAUUAAAUUAAUAAUUUUAUAACAAUUUUGAUUAUUUGAAACAUUUGGAGCGGGCACAAAGAGUGUGAGGAACUUAUUUCGUUUGAAGACACAAUUUAAUUGAAGACGAAGAAGAAGAAUUAGCGAUGUUACGAAGGAUAACAUUUUUGGUGGUGAUCAUAUUUGGAUAUUUGUUAAUAACAGAUUGUCGCGAACAAGUCCGCUCAAAACGUGCCAAAAGACCACGUGCUCCUGAACCAGUGAAUUUCGAACCUGAACCCCAGCAAGAUUUGGAAAAUGAAGAUAGUGGAUCUCAAGAAAAGGACGUCCCAACGAUACCAACAAAUUUUCUAAGUCCUUCUGUCAGGGAGUAUUUGGAAUUGGGAAAAUCAAUACCUGGUCGACCGGGAACAGAUUACCCAAUCCUUUCGGCGAUACCCUAUACAAAUUUCUAUUGUGAUGAACAGGCGUAUCCGGGCUUUUUUGCCGAUAUGGAAACAAGAUGUCAAGGUUGGCACUACUGUGACAUAGAUGGACGACAGGCAAGCUUCCUUUGUCCCAAUGGAACACAAUUCUCGCAAGCAGUGUUCGUGUGCGAUUGGUGGUUCAAUGUACGUUGUGAUCUAUCGCCGAGGCUCUAUGCCAUCAAUGCCAGACUUUAUCAGCGGCCAAAGGUGAAUCCUACUCGGCCACAUCGAAUUAUCACGAAGCAACUGGUCGAUGAUAUUUUUAAUAAAUAAAUCGAAUACAAAAAAAAAAGAAGACAGAAAAUUUAAGUGAUAAAACAAUGCUAACGCAAAAUGAAAUUUGUAUAAAAAUAAUUUUGAUGUAAACAUAACUUUUUAUGCUUAUAUCUUAGACGAAAUUUUAAAUUUACACUUUUGCUAUGUGCUAUCGAAUAUUUUUUUCUUUGUUAAUAUUAAAAAAAAAAAAAAAUACUUUAAGAAAGAUAGCAAUGCUUUGACAUUCAAAGCAACUACUUUAAGGAAUAAACUCAACACAGGCACACACCGAACAACACAUCGAGGACUUGAAUAUAUAUUAUUUUUUUUUCUUUUUAUCGCGGUCAACUUAUGAAAUUUAAAAUUGUUUACAUUUAAAAUUUAAAUUUAAGAAACUAAAUUUAUGAAUAAAAAUAUUUGAAAUUAUGUAUUUAUAAGUUACUAAGACAAUAGAAUGAGUUAACCUCC